AUGAUUCUACCACCUUCCACUUUAAAUCAGAAAUCUGGCCGUGUAUAUUCAGUAGCAAGAGUAUAUAAGGAGGAAUGUGAAAAGAGACCGCAAGAAUACUGGGAUUAUGAGCAAGGUGUGACAAUUGACUGGGGUGAAAUUUCUAACUACGAAAUUAUUAACAAAAUUGGUCGUGGUAAAUAUAGUGAAGUGUUCAGUGGUAGAUGUAUUACUAACAAUCAUAGUUGUGUUAUAAAAGUUUUAAAACCUGUUAAAAUGAAGAAAAUUUAUAGAGAAUUGAAAAUUCUAACAAAUUUAACAGGAGGACCAAAUGUUAUUGGUUUAUUAGACAUUGUAAAAGAUUCUGGUUCCAAAAUCCCUGCUUUAAUUUUCGAAGAAGUUAAAAAUGUAGACUUCAGAACAUUAUACCCAACAUUCACACUUACCGAUAUUCAAUAUUACUUUACACAGUUAUUAAUUGCUUUAAAUUACUGCCAUUCCAUGGGUAUUAUGCAUAGAGAUGUUAAACCACAAAAUGUUAUGAUUGAUCCAACUGAAAAGAAAUUAAGAUUAAUUGAUUGGGGUUUAGCAGAAUUUUACCACCCAGGUGUAGAUUAUAAUGUUAGAGUUGCUUCACGUUACCAUAAGGGUCCGGAAUUGUUGGUCAACUUGAACCAGUAUGAUUACUCUUUAGACUUAUGGUCUGUUGGUUGCAUGUUGGCAGCUAUUAUUUUCAAAAAAGAGCCCUUUUUCAAAGGUUCAACAAAUGCUGAUCAAUUAGUAAAAAUUGCAGCCGUUUUAGGUACUAAAGAAUUAUUGGAAUACCUAGGGAAGUACGGAUUGAAGCUACCCUUUGAAUACGAUAAUAUAAUGAGAGAUUUCUCAAGAAAACCAUGGCAAAUGUUUAUCAAAGAUGAUGAGAAAAGCAAGAAGUUAUGUGCUCCUGAAGUAAUUGAUUUAAUUGACAACUUGUUAAGAUAUGAUCAUCAAGAGAGAUUGACUGCGACUGAAGCUAUGAAUCAUCCAUUUUUCAAGACCAAAUAUGAUUAA